AUGCGCAGUUCAAGGUUUUUGAAAACGGUUGACCCUCGCAACCCGCCCAAGCUUUUCGUCAACAAAUACGAGGACCCGAUAAGAACGGACGUGCUCGUUCUGGAUGAAGAGGCCAAUUGGAUCGUGACGUACCAACCAAGCGGCGGGCGGUACGAGGUUGUGCAGCACAUGUACCUCCGGUUCAGGGAAGGAGCUGUCUAUGGAGUGGGGUUCGAGGAAGGUCGGAAGGCUUGCAAGAUCUCGGGAAAGUACAAGCGCAACGAAGGAGCGAACCAGGUGGCUGUGGUCAUGACGUGCAGAUCCUCACCGGGUCUACGGAACAUGGGCGCGACCAAAUACAAGGCGUCAUUCCUCAUGCUCAAGAUGGAGGGCAUCGGAGACACUCAUAUACGCGCUCGGCUUCACACUAGUAGGGUGCAGAAAUGGGCCGGGAACCUUUACCCCGACGAUGCGAUACCUCUGCCGGCAUCUAACAAGCGCUCUUCCGGCGGAGCCAGACGGGGCGAGGAGACCAGCCCGGGCGCAGAACCCUUCGUUUCCGACGACGACUUGGGCGGCAUCGGAAGACCAAGGGCUACCUCCUCUAGCACGAGGAGGGCUCUCUCUCGACGACGCCAGGGCAGCGACAGCGUCGCCAGCGGUAGGGGCGGCGACGGCAGCGGUGGCAUGAGCAUGAAGAAGGUCCUAGGGUACCUCCCUAGCUUCGGCAGGAGAAGGUCUCGCUCAUCGGUGCCACCAGGACCCACUCCACCCGCCUCGGCGCAUUCGACCACCUCGACCAACGAGCUUCCCCCGUGGGUGCUCACGGGAGGGGAAACAGGAUCGGCCCGUGGGGGGGGCAGCGGCGGUGGCGGGCGGACCGACAGCAGCAGCAGUGGAAAUGGCUACACCUACUCCAUCGCUCCUUCGUCGGCCCCGGGGCCCCCGCGGCCGUCCUCGGACGCAGACCACGCUUGCUGA